AUGAGCCUGGUCGGCAAUUACCAGCAACAUUUUCGCAGUUCGGAAACGGCGUAUCCGCAACACUACUACGGCAAUCGGUACGAGCUUUCCGGCGUCACAUCUUCGCCGGACACUUCGUACCUGGGUUGGUCAUUCGGCACUUACGGUUCGGACGCAUCUUUGGAAUUCGGUGGGAGUCAGAAUUGCAUCGGCAACAGGCCAGAGAGAGGCUUCAAAAGAAGAGUGACGGCCAACCGCAAGGAAAGAAGACGGACUCUGUCCAUCAACAAUGCUUUCGCGGAACUUCGCGAGUGCAUUCCGAACGUUCCAUCUGAUACAAAGCUCUCCAAAAUCAAGACUUUGAGACUAGCCACGAGUUACAUUGCUUAUCUCAUGGAUCUUCUGGCACAGGAAGAUCCAAACAGGGCGCCUCAAGGAGGGUUUAAGGCAGAACUUUGUAAAAAGUUUGAAUCCAGAGAAGAAAGAAGAAAGAGAGAAAUAGCAAAUCUUACUCCAGGUCCUAACGGCGAUAGGAAAUCCAAAGGAAGAACAGGAUGGCCACAACACGUUUGGGCCCUGGAGCUGAAAAGUGAUUAACAGAAAAGACAUUCAUUUCUAUCAGACAUUCCAAAAAACAGAAUGAAUGAUUCCAUAAUUUUUAGAUCUGUCUGUGUUCCUGAGUAAAAUUUUUGGAAGUGAACAGUUUUUCAAACGUGAACUGAAACUGUACUUGAUAAUCUGUCAUCUUUUCUAGGAUCACAUCUGGCGAAAGAUAACUACUCAAAUAUUGAGUAGUUUAAUUUUGUGAUUUAGAAAUGUAAAAAU